AGAAGCGAACAGCAGAGGAGGUGGAUAGACUGUCUCCUCUCAGUUAUGACUUUCUAUUCCACUAUGCUAGGUGGCUUCAACAUGCCUCUGAGGAAUACAAGACUGGCUGGGAUUGUUCUGCUGAUCUCCUCGCUGCUUCUCAGCUCCUGUGGGACAGCAGACAUUUGUGACAGCCCGCUGGUGUCUAAUCUGCCCCAUUCGUCAUUCAGAAGCUCUUCACAGCUAUCUGGUAGCCAUGGGCCAGUCUACGCCAAAGUCAACAGGAGAGAAGGAGCUGGAGGUUGGUCUCCUCUCGUAUCAGACAGAUACCAGUGGCUGGAGGUGGACCUGGGGGCGAGGACCCAAAUCACAGCUGCUGCGACGCAGGGACGUUAUGGCAGCUCAGAUUGGCUGACCUCCUACCUGUUGAUGUUUAGUGACACAGGACACAACUGGAGACAGCAUCGUCAAGAAGACAGUUUUGGGGCUCUUCCAGGUAACUCUAAUGCGGACACUGUGGUCCAGUAUAAACUUGAUCACCCAGUGGUUGCCCGCUUUCUACGUCUCAUCCCUGUGGCCUGGAACCCAACUGGGAGGAUUGGACUUAGGCUAGAAAUAUACGGAUGUCACUAUGCGUCUGAUGUUGCCAACUUUGAUGGCAGCAGCAGUAUACUAUACAGGCUGAACGCCAGACCGAGCCCAAUGGCCAUUUCUCUGAAUCUGAAAACCCUAAGGAAUUCUGGGAUGGUGUUCCAUGCUGAGGGAAAAGGAGAUCACAGCCUCACUCUGGCAUUAGAAAAUGGCAAGCUGCUGCUCUUUCACCAACAAGGUCUGAGCUCAUCCUCUGGUGGUUAUGUCCUUGUAACAAUGGGAAGUCUACUUGACGACCAACACUGGCACCAUGUAAAGCUGGAACGGAUUGGCUCCUACUUCACACUCACUGUGGAUAAAAACACACAGCAAGUUGUCAUACCAGCAGAGCUCAGUCACUGGAACAUUCACUGGUUGAGUGUAGGAGCUGUCCAAAGUCCAGCACUCAGGCGUAAUCCCUACAACAAGAACUUUCACGGCUGUGUGGAAAACCUGUCUUACAAUGACCUCAACCUAAUAGACGUGGCUAAACACAACAAUCCCCAAGUCACUGUGGUGGGCAAUGUGACGUUUUCUUGUGCUGAGCCAGUUUCAGUGGCUGUAACAUUCACUGACUCCCAAAGCUUCCUCCAGUUGCCAGGACACACAAUGUGGUCAUCAGGGCUUGUCAUUCUUGCUUUACAAUUCCGGACAUGGAACGAGGAGGGACUACUGCUCACCUUUAACCUGCAGCAGCACAGAAUCUUCUGGCUGUAUCUGAGUAAAACUAGACUGUGUCUGCAGAUCAAUGACACUGGAAGGGCUGUCCUAGAGCUCAGGACAGGUUCAGGACUGAAUGAUGGUCAGUGGCAUUCAGUGGAGCUCAGCUGUGGACAAGAUCAUCUGAGCAUCACGGUGGACAAAGAUGAAGGAGCCACUGCUAACAAUGCUGGCGUCCCACAUCCUGAUAGCCCAUUAUUCUUUGGCGGCUGUCCUCCACUGGGGGGUAAUCACACAUGUAGGAACCCCUUCAGAGUGUUCCAGGGUUGUAUGCGGCUCUUGACCCUGGAUGAGCGACCUGUGGACUUCAUCAAUUUGCAGCAAAGACUGCUGGGGAAAUAUAGCCACUUGCAGAUUGAUACGUGUGACAUUAUUGACAGGUGCUCCCCCAGUCACUGUGAACAUGGAGGAAAAUGCACUCAGUCAUGGAGUACCUUCCAUUGUGAAUGCUCCAACACUGGCUACAGAGGGGCUACCUGUCAUAGCUCAAGAUAUGAACAGUCAUGUGAGGCAUACAAACACAAAGGCACCGCAUCAGGACAUUAUUACGUGGAUGUGGAUGGCAGUGGACCAAUCAAACCUCAGCUCAUAUAUUGUAACAUGACAGACAGGGCAUGGAUUGUGAUUGACCACAAUAAUACAGAGUUGACGGCUCUGCAUUCAUCCCCCGAGAGAAGGCAUCAUGAAGUUAAUUUCCACUAUGCUUCAGAAGAGGAAGAUUUAGCCGUGAUCCUCAGCCAGUCAGAGCAUUGUGAACAGGAACUGUAUUACCAUUGUAGAAAGUCCCACCUUCACAACAAACCAGACAGUGCACCGCUAAGCUGGUGGCUUGGAGGUCAAGAUCUCGAACAGGUCCAAACACACUGGGAUGGAGCUCUGCCAGGCAAUGGGCUGUGUUCUUGCAGUCCGCACAAUAAUUGUCUGAAUCUCCAGUGCAACUGCGAUGCCGACAACGAGCAAUGGACUAAGGAGUCAGGUCUCCUCACUCUUAAGGAGACUCUACCACUCCAGUCUCUUGUCCUCAGCGGCUCAGAGCCAGGUUCAGAGGCAGCCUACAAAGUGGGACCUUUACGUUGUCAUGGAGACAAAAGUUUCUGGAACGCUGCACUGUUUGAUAAAGAGACAUCCUACCUUCACUUCCCCACCUUUCAUGGAGAGCUGAAUGCGGACAUCUUCUUCCUCUUUAAAACAUCAUCCUCCUCUGGGGUCUUCCUGGAAAAUCUGGGCAUCAAAGAUUUUAUCCGUAUUGAACUCAGCUCCCCAUCUGAAGUCCUCUUCUCUUUUGAUGUGGGCAAUGGACCACUGGAGGUCAGAGUGAAAACAAGUGUCCCUCUCAAUAACAACCGCUGGCACAGUGUCCGAGCAGAACGUAACGUAAAGGAGGCAUCGCUCCAUGUUGAUGACUUCCCUGCAGCCACGCAGGAGGCGCCGUCUGAUGGCCAAAUUCAUUUGCAGCUAAACAGCCAGCUGUUCAUAGGAGGCACAGCAUCCCGACAAAAGGGCUUUCUGGGUUGUAUCCGCUCUCUGCAGCUAAAUGGCGUCACUCUCGACCUGGAGGAGAGGGCAAGGAUCACUCCUGGGGUCCAACCUGGAUGCCCAGGCCACUGCAGCAGUUAUGAGUUUCUUUGUCAAAACCAGGGUCGUUGUGUGGAGAGACGCAGUGGUUUCUCCUGUGACUGUAGUCAGUCAUCCUACACUGGAGCUUUCUGCCAUGAAGAGAUUUCAGCCACCUUUAAGUCAACAACAUCCAUAAGAUAUACCCUCAAGGAGCCCUAUGAGCUGAGCCCAAACAAUAGCACCUUGGCUUCAUCUAUCAUCUCCGAUAUGACGUUAAGAGGAGAAAAUGUCACCCUAAAAUUCAGGACCACACAGACUCCUGCUCUGCUGCUCUAUGUCGACUCAUUAUACAGAGAAUACUUCGCCCUGCUCAUCAACAAACACGGUGAACUGGAGUUGAGGUACAAGUUGCACAGCAGCAGAGAUGCAGAAGUGUUUGGAAGCAGUGUCGUGAACUUGGCUGACGGACGCCUGCACACGGUGACCAUUAAGAGGCGAGCAGAAUAUGUCUCUUUUCAGAUUGACAGGAAUGCCAGAGAGAGCUUCAUCUUGAUAACGGAUGAAGAAUUCAACAGCGUCAAAUGGAUUCAUUUGGGAAGAGUACUUGAGGCUGACGUGGCUGACAUAGAGCUGGCAAGGCUGGCCUCCCUUGGCUUCACCGGUUGUCUGUCAGCAGUUGACUUUAACUCCAUCAGUCCUCUAAAAGCAGCUCUUCUCCACCCUGACAGCCGUGUAACUGUCACUGGUCCACUGACACAGUCCAGCUGUGGGUCUGCUUUCUCUGCUAAUCCACAAUCAUCAGAAACAACACAUUCUUUAUCAGACCCACCUGCCUCACUGGAUCCAGGCCAACCUUUAGUCAAUACCAUGAGGAGUGACUCUGCCCUAAUUGGAGGGGUCAUAGCACUGGUGGUUUUCGUCGCUAUAUCUGUGUUGGCCGCCAUCACCAGAAUCACCUGCAGCAGACGUGAGACGUAUCGAAACCCAGACAUAAAAGCAGCACAGCCCGACGUCACUGAUGUCCACUUAAGUCAUGAGCCUAACGACCAGAGUGCAGGUAAUGCUAACCAAAAGGAGUUUUUCAUAUGACAAAAUCAUUGACCUGACAGGACCAAGUGGCCCAGUACUGUACCAGUCAAUACAAGUCAGUAAGACAUUCUUUGUUCCUGUUGUUUUGUAAAUAUUGUAUGCUUUGCACAAACUGGAAAAAAGUCUCAAGAAAUCAAUUGAAAUGGAUUUCAAGUUGUCAGUGUGGAUCUUUGUAAAAUACCAAUGAAGUAAUUGUGUGCAGUCUUUACAAUACGCUUGUCAACACAUUCAUUAAAUGCUUCUCAUUAACAUCUCUAAAUUUCAUUUGCUGAGUAUGGAGUAUGGAUUAUUAGACAGCAAGUGUUAUUGUUUAAACACAAGAGGGAAAACGGUCAAUUAAAUGCCUGAUUGAUUUGUAUCUUCAUGAUGCGUUCCUCGUCUGAUAUG